UCGAUUCACUCUGAAUUCUUAAAUAAACAACAACUUGCUCUAUCUUGUCUUCCCGCGACGUUACUGCGAAAACUUCAAAACCAGUCGUGGAAUUAUGUCCAAUAAAAUUUCAAUAUUAUCUGUGGGCUAUUCACGGCCCGAUACAGAUGAUACGAAUAGUAUGAGAGCUAACUGCAGCAGUACUUUAAUAGAAACUAGUAAUGGUGUUAACGUGGUGGUAGACACAAUGACAAGUUGGGAUGGUGAGCUUCUGCAACAAAAUCUUAAAAAACAUAACUUAGAGCCUAAGGAUAUACAUUAUGUCGUUUGUUCCCACGGCCACUCUGAUCAUAUUGGUUGCAAUUAUUUGUUCACUAAUGCCAUUUGGCAUUUUGUGGGUACUUGUGUGUCCAAACGCGAUCGUUAUUUGGAUUGGAACUUCAAUGAACAUUUCCAGUUGGACGGGAAUAAUGUGUUUGUUUUACAUACACCUGGCCAUACGAUGUCAUGUGUUUCGGUUGUGGUGAACGAUACCAACUUGGGCGAAACGGUGGGAGUGUGUGGUGACUUAUUUGAGCGCAAAGAAGAUAUUUUGGAUGAAAGAAUAUGGCUGGAAGCAGGCAGUGAAGAUCCCAAACGACAAAUGGCAAAUCGUGUAAAAAUGCUUGAAAUGUGUUCAUACAUAAUACCCGGUCACGGACAUGGUUUUGAAGUUACCCAAGAAAUGGCGGCUAAACUGAAAACGCAGAUGGUGUAAAAAAAUAUAGAAAAUAAAAUAAAGCAGCGAGUCGGUACUUUCGGGAAAAACAAAAUUUACCUGCUCAUAGCCCCGAGGAGCAUUACAUAUCAAGCUCAAUGCAUGGUGAAUUUGGACGUCGCAUAUAUCACUUAGGCGAUCACAUUUAACGCAUACAAGUUUUACGUCAUCGUAUGAAUAAAAUUGAGUUCGAACUGCAAACGAAUGUAGAAAGCAAAAGGAUGGAAAGUGUCAACAAUUUUAACAUACCUUUAAGUAACUACCUGGGAAAUGUUUACGAUAUUCCAUUGGCACGAUAGUUCUAAGUACAAAAGCAUCACGCCCACUGCAAAUCGCGCAUUCAUUCAGAUGAGGCGCCUGAUAACCAAGUUCUUUACAAGCCGGUUCUUUGUUUAAACGUACUGUAAAUGGUUUAGACAAUGCUUUCGUUCCUAAUCCUUCCUCCAAAUACCACUCAGCUUUCGAUGAACUCAAGCCACACAAAAGUUCACCAUUUAGCGCUUGAAGACGGCAAGGGUCAUUGCCAGGUAAUAAUGAUGCUGGUGAAUACCUCACUUACUUCUUUUGUACAAAAUUUUCGAUGAAAGGAUAUCCUACAAGAUCUUCUAUUUCACUUUUGAUUCUUGCAAAGUCAACGUUUCUGAAGAACAAUUCAUUACUAAACAAAUUAAAAAUAAUUCUAUUAAGCAAAA